CAGCGAGCGGAGCCGGAGUCGGGUUGGGGACCGCUGGGUGGAGGCUGGACCACAGUGGCGCCGGGGGAGAAACGCGCGCUGCCCUGACCCGGCGCCCCCCCCCCCCCCCCCCCCCCCGGCUGCGCGGAAUGGUACGGACCGGCCGGAGUUAAAGCCCGGGAGGCUGCGCGUCCCGCGGCGGCGGCUACGACGUUGGCGGCGACGAUGGGGCUGCGUGCGGGAGGAACGCUGGGCAGGGCCGGCGCGGGUCGGGGGGCGCCCGAGGGGCCCGGGCCGAGCGGCGGCGCGCAGGGCGGCAGCAUCCACUCGGGCUGCAUCUCCGCGGUGCACAACGUGCCACUGAGCGUGCUCAUCCGGCCGCUGCCGUCCGUGCUGGACCACGCCAAGGUGCAGAGCCUCGUGGACACGAUCCGGGAGGACCCCGACAGCGUGCCCCCCAUCGAUGUCCUCUGGAUCAAAGGGUCCCAGGGAGGUGACUACUUCUACUCCUUCGGCGGCUGCCACCGCUACGCGGCCUACCAGCAGCUGCAGCGAGAGACCAUCCCUGCCAAGCUUGUCCAGUCCACUCUCUCGGACCUAAGGGUGUACCUGGGGGCAUCCACACCAGACUUGCAGUAGCAGCCUCCCUGGCACCUGCUGCCACCUUCAAGAGCCCAGAAGACACACUUGGCCUCCAGCAGGCUGGGCCAUGCAGAAGGGAUAGCAGGGGUACACUCCCUUUGAACCUGGAGAGAGG